AUGGAAACUUUCCUUCUUCUUCACAUUUCUUCGCGGCUUCUUUUAGCUUUUUAGCUUCAGAGCAACAACAAUGGAGAAGCGCCGGAGAUAGAUCUGCUUUCUUCCAAUCUCUGGACCUUCUCUAGUUCAAUAACCAACUUCUUCCACUUAAUUCUCAGAUGGGCUCUCUCGCAACCGAUCCAGGUUUCAUUGAUUCGGAUGUAUACCUCAGAUUAGGACUUAUCAUUGAGGGCAAACGAUUGAAAAAGCCACCCACUGUUCUCUCCCGCCUCUCUUCAUCUCUGGAGAGAUCUCUGUUUCUCAAUCAUGACAAUAUUCUGACUGAAUCGCCAGACUCUGUUACCGUCUUUGAUGGGAGAUCUCCGCCUGAGAUCAGCAUUUCACACUACUUGGAUCGCAUUUUCAAGUACUCUUGCUGCAGCCCCUCCUGCUUCGUCAUUGCACAUAUCUACAUUGAUCACUUUCUCCAGAAGACCCGAGCCCCUCUAAAACCGCUUAAUGUCCACCGCCUUAUCAUAACAAGUGUCAUGUUAGCCGCUAAAGUCUUCGAUGAUAGGUAUUUCAACAAUGCAUACUAUGCGAGAGUUGGAGGUGUCAGCACGAGAGAGUUAAACAGAUUGGAGAUGGAGUUGUUGUUCACCCUUGACUUCAAGCUUCAGGUAGAUCCUCAGACGUUUCACACACAUUGUUGUCAGUUAGAAAAACAGAACAGCGACGGCUUCCAGAUCGAGUGGCCGAUAAAAGAAGCAUGUCGAGCCAACAAAGAGACUUGGCAGAAGAGGACACCCGACUCUGUCUGCUCUCAAACGACAGCACGCUGAUCAGGAACUCGUGAGGCAAGGGUAAGAUAGGAUUUUGUGUUUUGGUAGUGAUGAUUCUUUUGCAAGAUUAAUUGUUUGUGACAACUGUGUAGUAAAAAUUCUUAAAUCUCUACCAACUCAUUCUUUUAGAAGUUGCUAUAAUGUCGUUUCCAUUGAUACUA